ACAGGAAGUGUUAGAGAGUUUUGCUAAUACGAACGAACAUUUUCUUUAAAAUGUGUUUUUGUUUUACGAAAUUUAUUAUUUUUCUCUGUGAAAAAAGUCUCCGUAAUUAUCGUAGGUCGGCGUAGACAAACACCGUCAUGUAUAACAUGAAUUUAAACGCAUUUAUUUUCAGUCUAUCGCUUUAUUUUUUAGCUAGCACCCGCCGCUAACGAACUGUUAGCGUUUUAUCCUUUAUGUUUAGCUAACUUAACAUAGGAUAUAAAUGAAUAUGUAAAAAAUAAGAGCUUUUUCAAUUUUUUUGUGUGUGAAUAGGCCACUUUUUUUUGAAAGGGGAAAAUGUAAAACCUUUAUCUCAGUAUCCUUCAGGAUGUGGGUCUGGACUGCUGCUUUUUUCCUGCUAGGACUGAGUUUAGGGAGAUGCACGCAGAAGGAAAAACUAUCCAACCGGAUGGAAAUCCCAGCUGCUGACUUCUAUGAGAAGCUGCAAUUUGGAAAGAUCAUGUUUGUUUAUUUUGAGCACCAAGUCUCUCCAGCCAUCUCUUUGUUUCUGGUGGAGAUGGAAAAGUCCGCUGAAGUUCUUCAGGAUUACGGCGUUUUAGUCGGAAAAGUGAACUGUCAGACAGAGAUGGUGCCCACGUACUGCACAGAGGAGCGGCUGCAGCACACAGCUUUCCUGUUCCGAGGCGGAAAGGAGUUCUUGAGCUUUGACUUGGACACAAUCUUUGACGUCAACUCCAUCGUGGCCGAAGUCCUCUUCGCCAUACUACGGGAGGAGGUGAAGUACGUCCACACGGACGCCGACCUCCUGGCCAUGGAGAGGACAGCUAGAGGGAAGAAGGACAUUGUCCUCAGCUACGUCCAAAGCCUGGGAACACAAGAACACAGGUCGAUCAUGGAGACGGCGUACGUGUACGGAUCCAAACAUCAGUUCAUCCUCAUCACUGGAGGUCCUGUACUGAAACAGCUGGGGGUGAACGAAUCCUCGCGGUCGUCUGGGGUUUGGUUCCUGCACUGCAGAGUCUCCGCCGGGCUCCCCGCCCCCACGGCAUCCGAGCGCUGCCCUUCGACCCGCAUGAGGAGGGCCCUGUCCACCCUGAGCCUGCACUCCUUCCUGCAGCUGAUGGAGGCGCCGUUGGUGGUGCGCCCCCCGCCGUCGCCUCCCUUUCCUCUCACCUGUGCAGCUCUGAAAUGUUUCUCUCGUCGGCAGUCUGAAGUGGACGUGGACCCGUCCUCCGUCCCGCCGCCUCAGUUCCCCUAUCAGCUGACCCCACAGGUCUUCCUCUUCUCCCGGCCGGCCACCGAGCACCUGGACCGGGACGCGGCCACCGCCCUGGCGUGGAGGCUCCGCGGCGUCGCUCUGGUGCUGCUGGUGCACAGGCAGAGUCCCGCCGUGAAAACCCCCGAAGAGUUCAACGCCGCGUACCGCCUCCCCGAGAAGAGUUCAGAGGUGAAGUAUUUAACCUCACACAGCCUCGAUGAGGUCUCAGACAUCUUAGAUCAAGAGGAUGAGGAAGAUGAGGAGGAGGAGGAGGAAGAGGAGGAUGAGUCGCAAUUUGGAAAGCUGGACGACGAAGUUGCAGCGUCUGUCUUUGAAAACCGAGGCAACCCGAUGGAUUUGGACUCCAUUACCCAUCUCACCUCUGAAAACUUCCACACCGAAGUUGCAUCAAGCCGCCUCACGGUGGUGCUGUUCUACCUCAAAUGGGACGCUGUUUCCAUGGCAUUUCUCAGCUCUUUCAUUGAAGUUGCAGAGAAACUUGCAGAAUCCGAGGUUGACGAUGUCCAGAUGAGCGCGGUGGACUGUGGGGAGUGGACUGACCUCUGUGCCGCUCAGCCCGGCGCACCCGUGCCCUUCCAGCCAAUCACAGAGUUUCCCAGCGUCGUGCUGCUCCGCCCACAAGAGUCACCUCAGUACUAUAAAUACAUGCUGGGCAGUGAGGCGCUACAUCGCUUUAUCGUACAGAGCCGCGCUGCCGCUCCAGUGCGACUGUCCUCUCAGGAGGAAGUGAUGUCAUUCCUCCAGGAAGUACCCCGCGGUGCACUAGCAGGCAACAAACCCGACAGAGUUCUGGGGUUGUUCGGGACACAAACAGAAGCAUCGACGUUCCUCGAGGCCGCAAAGUCCCUCAGAGGAGAAGUGCUGAGUGGACUGCUGACGGACGGACCGGCAGAGAAAUGGGCUGCAGCUCACGGCCUGGAUCUCCCCGCCGUGUUGGCGUUCCCGUACUGGAGGACUCCCGCUCAUCCGUCGGUUCUGCCGGCGUCCUCCUGCGCGGCGGAGCUGCUCGCACACGUUCGCACGGCGAUGCUCCACCCCAUGCCUGAGCUAACGGUGGAAAACCUGCCGUCCUUCCUGUCUCUGGGGAAAGCCUUGCUCCUGCUCUUUGUGGGGGAGGAGGAGGACGAGAUCGGGCGGAGGCAGAACCAGGAGCUGCUGGAGGAGAUGAGGAGAGUGGUGGAGGUGGGAGGAGCCAGGGCGGAGCCAUACCUGGCCUGCUGGAUCCACCUGGGCCGCACUCCGGCGGGGAUGUCUGUCCUGGGGUCCUAUCUGGGGUACAUGCCCCCCCUCCCCGCUCUGGUGCUCGCACAUUUACCAACCGGGGAGGAGGUCUAUCGGUACCCGGCUGACAGCGUCGUGGCGGCCUCCUCCGUUCUGCAGUGGCUGCAGAGGAUCCAGGACGGCGCCGAACCGCCAGCAGGGAUGCUGGGAGCAGACAGCUGGCCUCCUUCGGCCGACUUUUACGACUUCCUGAAAGUGAUGGAGGCGCAGGAACCGCCGACCCCGGCUGACGAGGAGGAGGAGCUGGAGGAGGAAGACUCGUACGGCGAGGAGCCUGUGACGGACGGGAGUCCUGACCUCACUCCCAGAAUUCACUCUGAACUUUAGGGAACAGAGAGAUGGAACGUGAUUGGCUGCUGAUGGGGUUGAGUCAUCGUUUUAGUUCCAUUUUAAGAAGAUGACCACUGGAGUUUUUUUACUGAUUGUUGCAUCAUGUACUGUAUGUUCAUAGAAGGUUUUAAUGAAUCAUAUUCCUGUGAUUUAUACAAAUAAAUUGACAUAUUUGUAUAUGUUUUUAAGCUGUAACUUAUAGUUUACCUCAGCAACCAAAAGCUGGAGACAAUUUGUUUCUUUUGAUUUUAAUUCAAAACAGGUGAAAAUUACAAGACUGUUUCAUGAAAAUGUCAAACUUUAUGAUUUAGAUUUUGCUGGAAGGCACUACAACAUUUUGCUUUAAUAACUUAUUUCCCAGAAAUUAAAAACAAUAUAUUGACUGUGGUUAUUUAUUUAUUUAUUUUUUAGAACAUCUGCCCAGUCAAAGUGUGGAAAAUCUACCAACUCCGCUGACGUAUUUUCUUGUAACUUUACUUUAUUGGACAUUUUCAGUACUUUUUCCCAUCACUUCAGCUGCUUUUUGGGCACUUUUCAAUACAGUUUUAUAACUUAAAGAUGUUAUAUUUUUUACAUGUGGGCAGGUUUUCUGGAAAUUUCCAAGAUGUUCCUACAAAGAUAAAGAACAUCUGUCAACUGUAUGCAUAACUUGAAAGCAAAUGUUGGAUUGAAACCCCAAAAUAUAUGUGCUUUUAAAUAUCUUAGAUCAUUUAAAGACAUUUUUACACCUAAAUUGUCUGGAAAAGCAAAAUGAGAUAUUUAGGAAAGUCUAUUUUAUUACAAUAAUGACUAAAAUAAUUAAUAAAACAAUAGAAAAAAAGACAAUAAUAAAAAAAACACAAUUUAAAGAAAUCUUUCAUGAUGAAAGUAACAAAUUUAAUCAGAUUUUGGGAACAAAACUUGGAAAUUGUAAAUAAAAACUGUUAAAAUGAUUAAAUUCACUGCAUUUGAUUUACAUCUUAAGGUUUAAUAAAGUGCAGUUUGCUCCAAUUUGCUUGUAAAGUCAAAACCAAACCAGGAAGUAGCGGAUGUUGCAGUACAAAACAUAAAAAAAUUACAUUUUUAGACAAAUUUUUUUUUUUUUAAUUGUUCAACUGCAAUGCAUUGUGGUCUAUAUUCUGUUCUGUAGUGAACAUCGAUGCUAGGUUUUUGCAAAGACUUCUGG